AUGGCUUCUCCAGACAGCAAGCGCCAGUCACUCUGGCGCAAAAUGACUAAAAAGACCAAAUUCCUGGUAAAAAGGACCAAGAUACGCUGCGACGUCGCCAGAGGUCUUUUCAGGAUUGAGAUGCAGUUACACGACAACAUAUACCAGCCUACGGAUGUCAACCAGUUCUACUUCGGCACCUACCGCGAUUACUUUUUGGCUCGGGGUGAUAUCCGUAUUGCCCGCCUAUUCCAACAGGCCGAUCAAAUUCGAGACGACCUCGGCUGGACAGAAUACCAAUUUAAUAAAAUUCAAGCAAGAAGGAAACAAGCUUUGUGGGUGGCUGAGUCUAUGGCAUUUGUCAAGGCGCUCUACCGCCAGCAUGCCGACGCUUGCAGAAAGGAACUCCUGGCAGCGUACUGGCGCGCGAGAGCGAAAUUGGAGGCUGAGAUGAACAACAACAAGAUCGAGGAUAGCAUCGUGCUCGAUCCGGUGUAUCCCCAUUUCAGAUUCCAUCUGCAUUGA